AUGGCCGGGAUCACGCCCUCUCCAGACGUUAGUCCCGUGUCAGCAGCAACCACCAAUGGCCAAUUCCCGCGGGACUCGUUCUGCCUCAACCUUUCCACCUUGCCGGACGCAAGCAGUUUUCUUCUCAAGUCUGCUCUUCGGUCGCCUCAUCUUCUCGAGUCUCCGAAUGGACUCUUCUCAGGUUGCGGUGGUCUUAGCAAUCCGUUCAGAAAACGGCCCCGUAAUAUGUCGCAGUCUUCUGGCACAGACCGGGAGAUGUCAAGUGACACUCCACCUGCACAGACAAAUGGAAUAGCACCAACAAGCAACGGUGCCAAUGGGACCGACUCGCGGCCAUCGUCAAAGAAGCGACCUAGCACCGAUACUAUAGAUUACCCAAGGCGACGCGCAACCAUUGCGUGUGAGAUAUGUCGGUCCAGGAAAUCACGAUGUGAUGGCACCAGGCCAAAGUGCAGGCUUUGCACCGAAUUGAAUGCAGAAUGCAUUUACCGAGAACCUGGAAUCAAACUGGACGCCGGCGACAAAUUGAUCUUGGAGCACCUCAACCGCAUCGAGGGCCUGCUUCAGACAGGGCUCACCAGUGGCUUCUCGCUGUCUUCACAUUCACCGACUGCCAGUAAUUCCACGAGUGAAGACUUUCUUGGCCGCAGCACCGGAACCAUGUCCCAUCUGGGCAUGGUCCAACCGAUAAACGGCAUCGGGACAUGGACGAACCAUCCGUUGAACAUUUCGACCAUGCCCAAAACGCACAACACUGCAGCCUUGAAUCUCCUCUCCUCGCCCAUGAUCCGAGAACUUGUAUCCCGCCAGUACGAUGCCAAAAUCCUCCUGCAACUUGAGAUGAGUCGGGACUCUGUCAGUCUUGGUACAAGUCGUGGGUUGGAUCUAUCAAACACCGGCGCAUACGUCCAGGCCUACUUUGAGAGAGUCAAUGUAUUCUACGCCUGCGUCAAUCCAUAUACGUGGAGUAGCCACUAUCAGACUGCACUCAGCCAUGGAUUUAGAGACGGUCCUGAGAGCUGCAUCGUGCUACUUGUGCUCGCUCUGGGCCAUGCUGGCAGCACUGGAAGUAUAACGCAACAGGACCCUACAAAGGACCCCCCGGGCAUGGCAUACUUUGCGGCAGCUUGGAAUCUGCUUCCAACGGUCAUGACGAGGAAUAACAUGGUCGCUGCGCAGUGCCAGAUCCUAGCUGCAGCCUACCUUGUGUAUCUUGUGCGCCCAGUCGAAGCCUGGAACGUGUUGUCAGGUGCCAGUAUGAAACUGCAGUUGCUAUUGAGUGCUCCCGGAAGAAUCUCACCAGCAGAGGAAGAGUUGGGCAAGAGAGUCUAUUGGAACGCAGUGAUGAUCGAGAGUGAUCUCCUGGCAGAAUUGGAUCUUCCGCACUCUGGCAUUGCGCAAUUUGAAGAAGGCUUCUCGUUACCCACUGGGUUCGAAGAUUUGGGAACGGAAGCUGUCGGCAGGGAUGAGCUAUGGUAUUUCCUUGCGGAGAUUGCUUUACGCCGACUGCUCAACCGCGUCAGCUCAAUGUUGUACAUACGGACAACGCCUUACUCAAAGGGACCUGCAGCCACUUCCAUCGCCCAGCUAGAUCCCCUGGUUAUUGAACUGGACUUCCAACUGAACCAAUGGUAUGCAGGGCUACCGCGAGCCAUGCAGUUUCCGCUUGACAGAGUACCACUGCAAAACCCUGUGCAGACAGUACUUCGAUUGCGCUACUUCGCCUGUCGGACGAUCAUUUUCCGUCCAUAUGUACUUCUCGUUCUCCAAGAUGAGAGUUUAGCCAUGGAUUCGAGCGUCCAAGACAAUUGUCACAAGUGCCUUGAAGCCUGUGUGCGCCAGCUGGAAUACAUCACAGCUCAUCACGCCGGACACCUUCCGUACUUGUUCCAAGGCGCACUAUCUAUCAUUUCACAAACCCUACUGAUCAUGGGCGCGACAAUGACUCCUUCGCUUUCACAAUUACUUCCCCCGCCAGCCACCAUGGACGAUAUAAUCAACAAUGUUGUCCUCGAGAUGGAGCGUUAUGCUCAUCUUGCACCUAGUCUACGCCUGUCCGCCGAAAUCAUCCGCGAGGCUGAAGGGAAACGCCAAUUAUGGUUGCGAACUGCUGGUCUCAAGUUCGAAGUGUGA